GAAUAAACACCUUCAGGUCUCGGAGGCUUCUGGCUCUGAACUGCCUUCACUGCUGUCGCCGCCUUCUGUCUAAUGUGCUACAAGGAUGAGCCCAGCAUUUGGAGCUAUGGAAGUGGAGCACUAUUCCAAGGGAGUCCUGCUCGAGCCGUUUGUCCAUCAGGUUGGAGGACACUCCUGUGUCCUCCGGUUUAAUGACAAGACCAUCUGUAAACCCCUUAUUCAGAGGGAACACCAGUUCUAUGAGACUCUCCCAACAGAAAUGCGUAAAUUCACUCCACAAUAUGAGGGUGUGGUGUCAGUGAGCUUUGAAGAGGAUGAAGAUGGAAACUUAUGUCUAAUAGCAUAUCCGUUAAAUGGGGACCACGAUAACUUAGAAAACUUAGAUAAUUCUGACUGUGAACCCAAAAGUAAGCUGUUACGAUGGACUAACAAAAAGACCAUGUUGUUAGAAAAUGAGAAGAUAUCUAAGGAGUGGGUCCGACAACACAGGAAAGAAGAAAAAAUGAAAAGUCACAAAUUGGAGGAAGAAUUUGAGUGGCUGAAGAAAUCUGAAGUUUUGUACUAUACAGUAGAGAAAAAAGGAAAUGUCAGUUCACAAUUUAAACAUCAUAAUCCUUGGAGCAUGAAAUGUCAUCAACAGCAGUUACAGCGGAUGAAGGAAAAUGCAAAACACCGGAAUCAAUAUAAAUUCAUUUUGCUGGAAAACCUAACUUCUCGAUACGAAGUGCCGUGUGUGUUGGACCUUAAGAUGGGAACCCGACAGCACGGAGAUGAUGCGUCGGAAGAGAAGAAGGCUAAUCAGAUUCGCAAGUGCCAGCAGAGUACAUCAGCUGUGAUCGGCGUCAGAGUCUGCGGCAUGCAGGUCUACCAGGCCGGCACUGGCCAGCUAAUGUUCAUGAAUAAAUACCACGGAAGAAAACUCUCAGUCCAAGGAUUUAAAGAAGCACUUUACCAGUUCUUUCACAACGGCAAAUACCUGCGCAGGGAACUCUUUGAAUCAGUUAUUAAAAAACUGACUGAACUCAAGUCUGUCCUAGAGAAACAGGAGUCUUACCGCUUCUAUUCGAGCUCCUUGCUGAUCAUUUAUGAUGGAAAGGAGAGGCAGGAAGUUGCCGUUGACUCGGACCCAGAGGACUUAGAGGACCUUUCAGAGGAAUCUUCAGACGAGUCGGCAGGAGCGUAUGCUUACAAACCAACUGCGAGUACUGUCGAUGUCCGUAUGAUAGACUUUGCCCACACAACCUGCAAGUACUAUGGAGAAGACAGUGUGGUUCAUGAGGGCCAAGACACUGGUUAUGUUUUCGGACUUCAGAAUUUAAUAGAUAUUAUUAAAGAAAUAAGAGACGAAAGUAGCGAAUAAAGAACGUGAACACAUCAGAGGAAGCACUAUUGUGACUUUGUAUUCCAAAAUUAUUGGCCACUUUCUGGUGGUAGGAAUCUCUACAGGCUCUGCAGGGAUGCUCCCGGCAGAGUCAGACUUGUUCCGAGGGCAUUCACUUACUUUGGUGCUGGGCCUAGCACUGGCGAAACUUGGUAUCCUUAUUUAUUUUAACUUUCUUAAACAUUCCAUAUUUGAUUACUCAGAUACCUCUGUUAUCCCUGUGUGUAUACGUUCCAAUAAAAUUCUUUUGGUUCAUUGUAA